AUGGCAGAAACCGAUCUAAAUGCUUUAGCAUACAAAGACUCUGAUUCGACGGACACUUCCAGUUCGUCAUCAUCAGAUGAAGAAUACCAAGCUGAGGUCAAAGUUAGCAAUCAAAAUGAGAAGCAAGUCGACUACGACAGUGAUACUGAUCUCAAUACAGAUAACAAAGUAUCCUCUGUUGAUGCAUACAAACCGUGUGUUGGUGAGAACUUGAUUAUUAGAGAUAGCAAUAUAAUAAUAUUACUUAGAGCAAAGGAGAAGCUAUGUUUGUCGGGUUUAUUCGACCUGAAGAUCGAAAAAGGUGGUCUAUUAUACAACGAUAUCCAUUUUAAUGCAUCAUCAAAGACCUAUCAUUACUGGCAUCCCCUAUCAAAUUCGAUUCCCGAGAUCAAAAGCUCUUUUUAUGCAGGCUUUGAAGAUGUGGAUAUUUCAGCAUUUUACGCAGCUUAUGAUAUUUCACCGAAUAACGAUUAUGAAACAGUCUUAAAAAUAUCUAAUCACAAAUCUAAGAGUUUAAUUGAUGGUGAAAUUCUGAUGCCGAGUUUAAAGAGCUUAUGGAUUACCAAAGAGGAUUUCUUGCAAAAAAAUGGAUACACAAACUUUAGUUUUGACAUCAUCAUGCCUGCAACACUUCAAGAGAUAACAACUUUGAAUAUAUCUAAAUCUUGGACUAAUUGUCUCCAGAAACUCAAAUUUAUCAAUCAAAAUUCCAUUCAUGACACUAGGAUAAUGGUUAUUGGUGGAAAGAAUAGCGGGAAAUCAACGUUUUUAAGGUCUUUAGUUGAAAAAGUAUUGUAUAGCCAUGAUAUUUCAGACAAAAGUGUAAGUGAAAUGCUAUAUCUUGAUUUAGAUCCUGGGCAACCCGAGUUUUCUCAUCCAGAUUGUAUCUCUAUGACUCGUUUGACAUCGAAUGAUAUGAAUUUUGGUCAGAGUUUUGGCCAGGCCUCGCCAGAAGUUUUAAAACAGUAUUACAUUGGCUCACCAUCUCCGCAAGAGUAUCCAACGCGCUACUUAAACAUGGUGAACAAACUUAUAACCGAAUUCGAGGACACAAUGUUUGCAGGAAUUUCUUGCAUAAAUUUGCCAGGAUGGGUGAAGGGUUUUGGGUUGAACAUAUUGCAAAAGGUUUUAGAAAUCUAUAAACCCACAGAUAUUGUAUACCUUGAAUCACCUUCUACAGUAAGACAUUUCUCGGAGUUGAGAAUACCAAAGAGUUUUUCAUCAACUAUGAUGACAGAAUAUAGCCCUCGAUCUUAUCGCAUACCCGCCGAGUUUUCGAAUGCCGCCAUAAAUAACUCUCCAGAGAUAAAGUUUGCUCCGUCAGAUAUUAGGACAUACAAGCUUCUGUGUCUGUUUCACAGGAGUGACACAUCAAAUGUUCCAACGUUCGAUUUUAGACCAUUGAUUGCGAAAAGUCCCAAAAAAAUAUCUUAUGGACGUGCAGGUAUACAUACUAUAAUAAUUAAUAUAGAAUUUGCACUAGUACCGUCUCAUGAACUCAUCCAAGCUCUGGAAGGUACUAUAGUUGCUAUCUAUCAUGAAGAAAAUACUGACGAUGAACAUGACUCCAGCUCUGAUAUCAGAGUUUUAUCAAAUGAUGACCUCGAGACUGCCAAAUUUAUUACUCUAGGAUUAGUUCACUCGGUUGAUGAAGAGAGGAAAUAUUUUAAUAUUUACGUUCCGGAAAAUAUGGUUGCAACUUUGAAAAAUCUAGGUAAUAGGUUUAUGAUAGAGAGGUUGAGUACAGAAACUCCAUUUUGUGAACUAUCUCCACCAAAUAAAGUUCUAAAAACUGAUCAAACAAGCCCUUUCAUAAGUUUCAAAACAAGAAAGAAGUAUGAACAUGUAUGGAAAAUAAGAAAAAAUAUUAAACGGAAAGGGCAUCAUCUUUGA